CAUUCCACAGACAACCAAUCAGAAACAGGUUUAAUAUAAAGGCAGUCAGAAUCACUUCAUUUUCUUAAGUCAUAAUUUCUAUUUUCAAAAUUCCACAGAGCCAAAUUCGUCAUGGUUCAUGUAAGAACAAUUUCUGGUAACGAAAAUUGAGCAAAAUCAAGAAAAACAACAGAAAAGUAAACAUGGGAACACAUAGUCCGAGCUCCAGUUUGCAUUCGUGCAUGGGAACCGUCAGUAGCAAGAUUCUGCAUCCAACUAAGAGAUACAUCGUGAAAGGAAAAUUUGUUGUACAACAGAACCAGGGUCGAUCAGGUCCUGGAAAAUCAGCAUCCAUUCAGAUUUAUAGCAGCACUGAAAUCGACCCAAGCACAGGCAAAGGAAAGCUGAGUGAGAAAGUGUACCUCAAGCACGCAAAGAGCAAGAAACAUGACGGAAUAAAAAUAACAACAUAUCAAACAAAGCUCCGCAUUGAGCAGAAUUUUGGAAUUCCUGGAGCACUUCUCGUAACCAACAAACACAAGCAUGAAUUUUUCCUUGAAUCUGCAGCGCUAGAAUUUAAAGACCGUCAAACCAUUCAUUUCCACUGCAGAUCUUGGGUAUACCCAGUCCAAAUGACAAAAUCAGCGCGCUUGUUCUUCUCAACCACAUGUUAUCUGCCAAAAGAAACACCUAAUGCUUUGGUGGAGUUAAGGAAGUUAGAACUUGAAAGCUUGAGGGGAGAUGGAAUUAAAGAAAGAAGCAAAUGGGAUCGAAUCUAUGAUUAUGACUAUUACAAUGAUCUUGGUCGCCCAGAUAAAAGUCCAAAACACACUAGACUAGUCCUGGGCGGUUCAGAAGCACAUCCAUAUCCUCGCAGGGCAAGGACUGGUUGCCCUCCUAGCAGCACCGAUCCCUCAAGCGGGCACCAACUGAAAACAAUCGACUUGGAUGUAUAUGUUCCUCCAGACGAGCAACUUAGCCCCAAAAAACUUUCAGACUUAACAUCUAAUAUAGUCCAGGCUGCUGUACAUUUUCUUAUCCCUGAGGCAAAAUCUUUAUCCAAACAAGAUUCGGGUACGUUUAAGUCAUUUGAUGAAAUACGUGGCAUGUUCACUAGGAAGAGAAGUCGAGCAAUUGAGGGAAAGGUUGCAGAGAAAUUAAAGAAGUUGGUACCAGAUGAGCUUUUUGAAGAGAUUGUCCAUGCCAGUAAACAAGACUUGAAUAUUCCAUUGCCUCAAAUUCUAUCAGAGAAAGACUUGGCUUGGAGGGACGACGAGGAGUUUGGACAUCAAAUGCUUGCAGGAGUUAACCCCACACGCAUUCAGUGUUUGCAGCGCUUCCCACCAGAAGGCAAAAACGGAGAGAGUAAAAUAAAGGUAUCAGACAUAGAACACAACUUAGAUGGCUUGGACAUUUAUCAGGCUAUGUAUCAAUGGAGGAUGCUCGUCUUGGAUCACCAUGAUUAUCUCAUGCCCUUUCUAGGCAGAAUGAACAAAAAGGGCGUUUGUGCAUAUGCAUCAAGAACACUGUUUUUCUUGCGAGACGAUUCCACACUGAAGCCAGUAGCAAUUGAACUUAGCUUGCCCGGGUCUCUUCAGCACAAAGAGGUCAGCCGGGUAUUCCUACCAGCAAGUGAAGGAACUGAAGCAGCACUUUGGCAACUUGCUAAAGCUCAUGUAGCAUCUAAUGACUCAGCAUACCAUCAAUUAAUCAGCCAUUGGUUGCACACUCAUGCAGUUAUUGAGCCAUUCGUUAUUGCAAGUAGAAGGCAGUUGAGUGUUAUGCACCCAAUUCACCGGCUGUUAGAUCCUCAUUUUAAAGAUACUAUUCAUGUAAAUGCAUUGGCUCGGAGAAUCCUUAUUAACUCUGGAGGAAUCCUUGAGAAGACUCUGUUUACUGGUGAAAUAUCUAUGGAAUUAUCUGCUGAACUCUACAAGGACUGGAGAUUCGAUGAACAAGCUCUCCCUGCCGAUCUUCUUAAAAGACAACUGGCCCUGGAAGACCCAGACAGUCCCACUGGGGUUCAGCUUCUUUUCGAGGAUUAUCCCUAUGGUGCAGAUGGACUUGAGGUAUGGCGUGCCAUUAAGACAUGGGUAACAGACUAUUGCUCCAUUUUCUACAGAGACGAUGAUUCAGUCAAGAUGGACAUAGAAAUCCAAGCAUGGUGGACAGAAGUUAAAAACGUAGGUCAUGGUGAUAAGCACAAUGAGACAUGGUGGUAUGAAAUGACAACUAUCUCCAACCUAAUAAAGGUUAUAACAACUCUCGUAUGGAUUACAUCAGCCUUUCAUGCAUCAGUGAACUUUGGACAAUAUGCAUAUGCCAGUUACCCUCCUAAUCGUCCCAUGCUAUGUAGAAAAUUCAUACCAAAGGAAGGAGGAAAAGAAUUUGCUAAGUUCCUAAUAGAUCCAGAUAAAUUCUAUCUUAAUAUGUUGCCCGAAAGAUAUGAAACAGCCCUUGGCAUCGCAUUGACAAAGGUUCUCUCACAGCAUAGCUCUGAUGAAGAGUACUUGGGACAGAGGCCAUUUGAGUGGACUGACAAUAAAGAAGUUCAACUAUCUUUUGAAAAGUUUACCGCAGAGCUAAAAGAGAUAGAGAAAAAAAUCUGCGAGAGAAAUGAAAAUCCAAGGUUUAGGAACAGAUGGGGCACUGCCAAGAUACCAUACAAAUUUCUUGACCCGGAUACAUCAAAUGUUCAAUCAAAAGGAGGCAUCACCGGAAAAGGGAUCCCUAAUAGUAUAUCUAUAUAACACAUCUUCCUUGUAUGGUAAACUUUAAAUGAUAGUUAGGUUAUACCCUCAAAAUGAAGUGAUUCUCUAAUAAACUCUAGAUAAAGUUGAUCAAGCAUCUUAGGCACUACAUUUCGUGGUCCAACUAUAUACUCCCUAUGUCCCAUAAAAUAGAAACAGUUGACACUUUUAGUGUCCCAUAAAGAUAGAACAAAUUUCCACAUUUAAUGUUAGCUAAGAAAAAAUUAUCAAAAUACUCCUAAUAUUCUUAUUA